AUGGUAGUGAUGUUGAUGAUGUUGGUGAUGGUGAUGUUGAUGGCGAUGGUGUUGGAUAAGGUGAUAAUGAUGGUGGUGGUGAUGGUUAUGAUGGUAGUGAUUUUGAUGAUGUUGGUGAUGGUGAUGUUGAUGGCGAUGGUGUUGGAUAAGGUGAUAAUGAUGGUGAUGAUGAUAGUUAUGGUGGUAGUGAUGGUGAUGAUGAUGGUGAUGGUGAUGUUGAUGGCGGUGGUGUUGGAUAAGGUGAUAAUGAUGGUGGUGGUGAUGGUGAUUAUGUAUGUGAUGGUGAUGUUGAUGUUAAUGAGGAUGGUGAUAGCGAUGGAGAUAUUUGUCUACUAG